UUGGCAACAGCUAAAGAGUACGAAUCCCCACCCAAACUCCCAUUUUUGCGCAGCGAUAAUUUUGCAGUUCAUUUUCUGUCUCAGAUUUUCUUCCUCACCGGUGUGGUCCGUUACUCACACUUUCGAAGCAACGCUUUACAACAUUGCAAUGUGUUUGUGUGGCAAGCAACUAAGAAGUGUUGUAGUCUUGCAAGGAACAUUUCUCAGUGGAAGAAUGAGGUAUUGUAAUUUUCUACCUUCGAAAAUGUGUUACCGCCUAAAGCAUAAGUUCGCAGAGAACAAGUUUGUGAGAGGUGAAAGAAGCGGUUCCAAGUUGCGGAAUAAGGUAUUUGCUCUUAUGGAUUAUAACCUUCCUGACCUAAUUGGAAAUGGAAGGGGUGAAACGAAAUCUGAAAUGAGUAUGAGAGAUGCAUUGGAUGAUUUGGAGAUCUCCUUGAUAUGUAAGAGAUUUCCAUCUAUUACUUUGGGUACCGCUCCUCAAGUGGAUUUAUAUGAUGGGACCGUGUCAUGUUCUGAAACGACAAACUCUUUAGCAACAGAAACUUUUGAACAUUAUUUUUCUGAUUCUUCAGAGGCAAGGUGGGUGCAAAGCACUCUUUCUGAGGCAUUUCCUUCUUUGUAUGUCAAUGAUUCUAGUGUAGCAUCUUCCACAUUAAGAGAAGAAGAUUCUUGUCAGUUGCCGCCUCAUUCAGUGUCUUCAAUGUAUGAAGAAAAAUUGGAUCAAGUAACUGCAGAAGAUUCUAAAAUGGAAGUGGGGAUGCAGUCACAGUCAAACCUUACACCCAAUGAGUUAUUGCUUGACAAAUCUGUAAGUUGCAUACCUGGAUUAACUAAGAGGCAAUGCCGACAGCUAGAAAACUGUGGGUUUCACACGUUACGGAAGUUGCUGCAUCACUUUCCUCGAUCAUAUGCCAAUCUGCAGAAUGCACAUGCUAAAAUUGAUGACGGGCAAUAUUUGAUUUUUGUUGGAAAAGUCUUAUCCUCAAGGGGUAUCAAAGCUAAUUGUUCAUUUUCAUUUCUUGAGGUGAUUGUGGGAUGUCAGAUUGCAGAAAGUGAACCUGCUUCUGAGCAUGUGACUAGUGAUGCUAGUGAUGUGCAGGAGAAGACAAUUUAUUUGCAUCUGAAGAAAUUUUUUCGUGGCUCACGAUUUACCUUUAAACCUUUCCUUAAAAGCCUAGCAGAAAAGUAUCAAGAGGGAGAUGUAGCAUGUGUCAGUGGGAAGGUCAAGACUAUGCGUGCUAAAGAUCACUAUGAGAUGAGAGAAUAUAAUAUUGAUGUGCUUGAAGAUGGAAAAGAUUUAUCCUUUUUUGCUAAAGAGAGGCCAUAUCCUAUCUACCCUUCAAAAGGACGUUUGAACCCAAUUUUUCUUAGGGACAUUAUUACAAGGGGUUUACAAGCAUUGCCUUUCAAUGUUGAUCCCAUUCCUAAGGAUAUCACAGAGCAAUUUGGAUUGUUAAGUCUUCAUGAUGCAUAUUUUGGAAUCCACAAACCGAAAGAUAUAAAUGAAGCUGAUUUGGCUCGCAAAAGACUCAUAUUUGAUGAGUUUUUUUACCUACAGUUAGGACGCUUGUUCCAAAUGCUCGAAGGUCUUGGUACACAAAUAGAAAAGGAUGUAUUGCUAGAUAAGUAUAGAAGACCCAAAAAUAAUGCUGUGUGUACAGAAAAAUGGUCGUCUCUCACCAAGAUGGUUUUGGAGGUCCUUCCAUAUACUCUUACUUCUAGUCAACUGCAUGCUGUUUCAGAGAUUAUUUGGGAUCUAAAACGACCAGUUCCAAUGAAUCGGCUUCUGCAGGGUGAUGUUGGAUGUGGAAAAACUGUUGUAGCUUUUCUUGCAUGCAUGGAGGUUAUUGGCUCUGGCUAUCAGGCUGCCUUCAUGGUUCCAACCGAGUUACUUGCAAUCCAGCAUUAUGAACACUUGCUUAAUUUGCUUGAAAAGUUGGAUGAGUUCAUUGGCAAGCCAACUGUUGCUUUAUUAACAGGUUCGACCCCACUAAAACAAACACGGAUGAUUCGUAAGGGUAUUCAGACUGGAGAAAUCUCGAUGGUCAUAGGAACCCACAGUUUGAUUGCAGAAAGUGUGGAAUUCUUAGCCUUGCGCAUUGCUGUGGUGGAUGAGCAGCAUCGCUUUGGUGUGAUUCAAAGAGGAAGGUUUAACAGUAAGUUAUAUUGUGCAUCUCCAAACAUGGAAGAUGCCGUUACAGAUGAGUCCUCAAAGAAUGAUGGUUCCAUGGCUCCGCAUGUUCUUGCAAUGUCUGCUACUCCUAUUCCAAGGACACUUGCACUUGCUUUAUAUGGUGAUAUGUCAUUGACACAGAUAACUGACUUACCUCCUGGAAGAAUUCCUGUUCAAACAUUUACCAUUGAAGGAAAUGACAAAGGAUUUGAGGAUGUCUACAAGAUGAUGCUGGAUGAAUUGGAAGAUGGGGGGAAAGUUUAUCUUGUCUACCCAAUUAUUGAACUUUCUGAGCAGCUACCUCAGCUUCGUGCUGCUUCUGCAGAUCUUGAAGUUAUAUCAUGCCGGUUUCAAGGAUACAAUUGUGGCUUAUUACAUGGAAAAAUGAAAAGUGAUGAAAAAGAAGAAACUUUAAGAAAGUUCAGGACUGGAGAAAUACAUAUACUACUUGCCACUCAAGUAAUUGAGAUUGGUGUUGAUGUUCCAGAUGCAUCUAUGAUGGUUGUGAUGAAUUCUGAAAGAUUUGGAAUUGCCCAAUUACACCAGCUCAGAGGGCGAGUUGGACGUGGAUCAAGGCCAUCAAAAUGUAUACUAGUAGCAUCAACUGCAAGUAGCCUAAAUCGUUUGAAAGUACUAGAGCAAUCAUCGGAUGGAUUUUAUCUGGCUAAUAUGGACCUUUUAUUGCGGGGACCUGGUGACUUGCUUGGAAAGAAACAAUCUGGACAUCUUCCUGAGUUUCCUGUUGCCAGAUUGGAAGUUGAUGGAAAUAUUUUACAAGAUGCACAUGUGGCUGCACUGAAAAUUUUAACUGCGUCCCAUAAUUUGGAGCAAUUUCCAGCACUUAAAUUGGAGCUUAGCAUGAGACAGCCACUUUGCCUACUAGGUGAUUGAAUCUUGCAUGUGGUGUUCAGAAGUUUACCGUGCUCACUGUGAUAAUUUUGACACUGUAAUUAAUUUCAUGAGCUCUUUAUUUUUUAUUAUGUAAACACGAUAUAGCCUUUGGGCCAAUGUUAAUAUCUUGUAAGUUCUUUAUUGCCUUUUUACCUUGUUUUGGCCAUGAUGCUUCCUUGUAGCAAUUUUUGCAAUAUUAACGUCUGACAAAGCAAUGCACCAAUUUUGUUUUAAAACAAUAAAUCAUAAAAAAAAAAAAAAAAAUCUUCCAAAGCUUACUC